AUGCCGAAGAAAGGACGUUUGAUAAUUCCACAACCCACAACAACGCCAGACCUCGAUAUUUUGAUUGUUGAACUAUUGAAAGAAACGAAGGAGAAAUUAGUUCCGCAAGAAACAAUUUAUUACUUAUGUACAAACAUCCGAAGAAUCUUUCUUUCACAACCCGUUGAAUUGAUUCUUCAAACUCCAAUCACUAUCGUCGGGGACUUACAUGGGCAAUUCACUGAUUUAGUUCGAAUUUUCCAACGAAAUGGUAUUCCCCCCGACCAACAAUAUUUGUUUCUUGGUGAUUACGUUGAUCGAGGAAAGUCCGGUGUCGAGAUCUUGUGUCUUCUAUUUGCACUGAAAUUGAAGUACCCCGAUAACAUCUAUUUAAUACGAGGAAACCACGAGUGCGCAGCACUCAACAGAAUAUAUGGCUUCCACGACGAGUGCCUCAGAAAGUAUGGACACUUGGCUGUGUGGAACGCUUUUGUGUCUACGUUCAACGUCCUCCCAUUCUCGGCAGUUAUCGACUCGAAGAUAUUGUGUAUCCACGGUGGAAUAUCACCUAAACUCUUGCAGCUCUCCCAACUCACAAAGAUCAAUCGGCCAGUCGAUAUCCCGGAGGAAGGGCUCAUAACAGAUGUUUUAUGGGCAGAUCCUAUUUUAGAGGAAAAUGGCUUUGGGCCAAAUGAACGAGGUACUGGCUGUUAUUUUGGACUUGACGUGUUAUGUAAUUUUUUGAAUGAAAAUGGUCUGCAACUACUGAUUCGAGCACAUGAAAUGGUAGAUGGAUUUGCUGUAUUAAAUGGGUGUUGUAUCACUCUAUUUUCCGCUCCGUUUUAUUGUGGAACUGUAACAAAUAGUGGAGCGUAUCUUACUAUCGAUCAGAAUUUGGCGAUCAGUUUUUAUAAGUUUGGCACUGAAUCGAUAUAA